AUGGGGCAGAUAUUAGACUUCUCUAAGGAUGGUGUAGUGCAAAGUGAUGUGGGCGAGAGCAGCGACGAUGAAGAAUUCUGUGUCGCACCAGGUAAUGUUGGUCACCAAACCAAUUAUGGUGAAUCACACAACACAAAAUAUCGUGCAUCACACAACACCUAUUACCACAGUACACCAAAUCAACGGGGUAGAGAAAUAGCUUUUCAUGCAUCUCGCAACCCUUGUAUCGGCCCUCACGAAGUGGAAGACUCUGGUGUAGGCCUAUUCAGGCACGAAGUAGUUGGGUUUGAUGUAGGCGAACAUGAUAUAGGAGAGCAGAUUAAGAAAAUGCAUGAAGUAGGAGAGCACGAUACAGAAGAGCUUAAUGAGGAAACAUAUGGAGUAGGAGAGCACGAUAUGGAAGAGUUUAAUGAAGAAAUACAUGAAGUAGGAGAGCACGAUACAGGAGGAUAUAAUGAGGGAGAGUAUAAUGAGCUAGAGCAUGAUAGUGGAGUGAUCGAUACAGGUGAGUAUAAUGGGGGAGACCAUAAUGAGGGAGAGCAUGAUAGCGGAGUGAUCGAUAAAGGUGAUUAUAAUGGGGAAGACCAUAAUGAGGGAGAGCAUGAUAGCGGAGUGCUGGAUACAGAAGAUAAUGAGGCAGACCCAACACUGAAGCAAUCCGCAACUACAUCAAGUGAAUCAGACAUUUCCCUACAACCAACUGCUACCGCACCUGCACCAAGUGUAUCAGCCGUUGUUGCCCAACAACCAACUACUACCGCACCCACACAAAGUGUAUUAGACGUCGCCCCACAACUAUCUACUACCGCACUCGUACCAAGUUAUGCCGUGAAUUUGUGGUUUGAGUACCAACGUCGUAUGAAGAUGGAUAAUAACCGUGUUGUAAUCUCCACACGACUUGAUAUUGAAUCGAGUAAAUGUGUUCCCGAUCAACUGUCUAAAACGUAUGCGUGGGAUGGGCCUCCUUCUGGCGCGCCGAAAGCGGCAUUGAUCACUGUUCUUGAGGACAAUGACAAAGCACACGCUACACUGGUAUACGCCUCGCAUUGGCAACAGGUAUUUAUGUCUUACGAUCCGAUCAAUAAGAGAGCACGGGCCUCAAUUGACAACAAGAAGGCGGUAGUAAACGCGACCAAUCUAGUCAAAGACAACCCAGCCAUUCGGCGUUCACUAUCCAAUAUUUGCAGAAUGCUGGCGAUGCUAAACGAUCCAAUACAUCUACCACUUUUUAUGGCUACCAAAGGUGGACACGAGGACAGGGCAAUGUUGGACAACGGUCAGAUUAAGUGGAAGCACCCAUGCUGGGUUUUAUUGGGGAAGAACUACAGUGGCCCCAAUUAUCACUAUAAUCAUAAAGAUAUUGAGGCGGCGUUGGCAGCGGGUGAUACAUCAUCAACUGCGACCCAACCAAAGAUGCCUCAGUUGCCAAAUGUGGAUGCUUGGAAUAUCGAUCUAGCGAAGAUUGCUAGUGAAGAAGUGCCCAGAGAGCAUCCACAAAAAAUCGUGAAUGAUGUCAGAAAUGCCGAUCCGAUGAAUAUGACGCCUGUCUAUGCAGUGCAUGCGUCGUGCGCCAAUGAAUCAGAAUUCCCUGAAUCCAUGGCGAAGAAGUUGUGGAGUAUGUGGGUGUCAGUUCAACAAGAUUAUGGGCGUUUCUGGCUAGCGCAAUUGAAGAGUGAAUGUCAGGCUCCAAGCGUUCUCUGCUUUGCGCAGAACGCCUAA